AUGUUGUCUGUAGGUGUUUCUGAGAAGUCAGCGGAGAUCACCAUUUUCAUCGGAUGUGAGCAGGACCCUCAGCUGCAAGGGCAUGUAGCUGUACGCAAUGAUGCGACCACCGAGGAUCUUGACGUUGCUGUUGCUAAACACAUUCGUCUCCCUCUUCCUUCCUUCUUCAUCACCUGGAACUCCCAGCGCCUCAGCCGACUAGCUCCCCUCUCCUCCCAGGGCAUCGUGUCUUUCAGCACCGCCCAUGUUUUCCCCAUCAAGGCAAUGCAAGACCAGCAUACAGCCGACCAGGAGAAGAACAAGAAAGACAAAGCGGCCCGGUACUAUGUGGGUCGUGAUGACAGCGUCAAGGUCCGACGACCCAAUGGUCAAAAGGCUAUGGAAGAACAGUUAAGGAAGUCUUAUGGGGACCAGGAUGAAGAGGGGAAGAAGGGGCUCCCUGGAUUUAGGCAGUUCUGCAACGCCAUGGGUGUCAACGACGUCGGAUCCCUUCAGGCCACCACCCUUUUCCUCCAACAAUAA